CCUUUCAUCCUGUGCUAAAUAUAUUUUUUUGAUACAACUCUUUUUUGUGUGUUAUAAUUAUGACUCCAUAGAAUAGAUAUUGCCUUUUUUUAUUUGGUCAACAAAUUCAUUUGAAAUGCAUUAUACGAGUCAGAACUAGCUUAGCUAGUAGAAAUUCCAGAGCUGUCAUUUUUCAACGUGUAACCAACCAGGCACUACCUCAGUGGCAGAUUUUGACCGCGCUAGCAAUGCACUUUGGCCACUUCAUAACAAGACAGCGAACUCAGAAUUGGACAUUAGACCAUGACGGAGGAGGCUUUCGAUGUGGUGGUGGUGGGUUCCUGUAUGACUGACUUGGUCAGCCAGGCACCAAGGCUACCCAAGGCGGGAGAGACCAUCCACGGUCACAAGUUCUUCAUUGGUUUCGGAGGCAAAGGCGCAAACCAGUGUAUUCAGGCCGCUAGAAUGGGAGCCAAGACUGCCAUGGUCUGCAAGGUUGGCAAAGACUUCUUUGGAGAAAACUACAUCCAGAAUUUCAAGGACAAUGGUGUAUCCACAGAGUUUGUGGGGCAGACGGUUGACUCGGCCACUGGUGCUGCCUCCAUCAUUGUCAACGAUGCAGGGGAGAAUGCCAUUGUGAUCGUGGCUGGUGCCAACCUGCUACUGGGUGGCGAGGAUCUGCGGCGGGCACUGCCAGCCUUAAGCCAUGCCAAGGUAAUGGUGUGCCAGCUGGAGAUCAGCCCGGACACCUCCCUGCAGGCCCUGCGCCUGUCCCAUGAGAACAACGUGAAGACCAUUUUCAACCCAGCGCCAGCCAUUCCAGACCUGGAUCCUGAAUUCUAUAGAGCAUCCGAUGUGUUCUGCUGUAACGAAUCAGAGGCAGAGCUACUGACGGGGGUGGCCGUGGCGAGUAUAGAGGAUGCUGGCCGGGCCGGUGAGGAGCUGCUGAGGCGAGGCUGCAGCUCGGUCAUCAUCACCCUGGGCUCCCGGGGCUGCGUUGUGCUGUCGGCACAUGAGCCCUCGUCCCCAUCACACCACGUCCCCACCAAGCCGGUGACAACAGUGGAUACCACGGGAGCUGGAGACAGUUUCAUUGGUGCCCUGGCCUUCUACAUGGCUCACUUCCCUACAAUGUCCCUGGAAGAGAUGGCCAGGAGAGCCAAUCAGGUGGCAGGAGUGAGUGUACAGACAAUUGGGACACAGGUGUCUUAUCCCUCUAAAAAGGACCUACCCACAGACCUUUUCUAGAGAAGACAGAAACUUGCAUGCUAAAUGGACACUGUGAGCCUGAACUAUCUAAAACACUGUGCCAAGUACUGUAUCAAGUAAUUAAACAACUAUGUAAAUAACUUAAUGCAAUGAUGACCAUUGUCCUUUAUUAAUCUGCCAUACCUGUAUUGUCAUAUACAUUUUUUUUUUUAUAUUCCAAUGUGUCCAAUAAUGAGGUUGGAAUACUUUUAAUACAUUUUGUUUCAUACUAGUGUUCCACAAACUCAUCAUUGAAACCAUUUCACUCACUGUUUUUCAUAAGCUUUGACAAAAUCAACAAAUGUCAAACACAUUUAAGAGGGAAAACUUGAAUCAUUUCAAUUUUUAUUCUGACCUACAAUGAGGAUACAAAUAAUUUACAUGUCUGAAAAACUAGUGAAAAAGUUAACAAACCCAGACUAGUUUGUCUAGACAAAAAAAAGUAUUCUGUACUGAAUUACCAUCAUGUUAUAAAAGCUUAUGAUCAUUCAGCGUGAAA